CUCUCCCCGCACCCGCCCGCCCUCCGCCGCCGCCGCUGCUGCCGCUGGGAGUGGAGCCGAGCCGCGCCGAGCCCAGGCAGCCGCCGGUCCCGCUCCGCCGCCAUCGCCAUGAGCUUCUUGUUUGGUAGUCGCUCUUCCAAAACCUUCAAACCAAAGAAGAACAUUCCCGAGGGCUCCCAUCAGUACGAGCUGCUCAAGCAUGCCGAGGCCACGCUGGGGAGCGGCAACCUGCGCAUGGCGGUGAUGCUUCCAGACGGGGAGGACCUCAAUGAAUGGGUUGCAGUUAACACUGUCGACUUCUUCAACCAGAUCAAUAUGCUCUAUGGAACCAUCACGGAUUUCUGCACGGAAGAGAGCUGCCCUGUGAUGUCUGCUGGCCCAAAGUACGAGUACCACUGGGCAGAUGGCACCAACAUCAAGAAACCCAUCAAGUGCUCUGCACCAAAGUACAUCGAUUACCUGAUGACGUGGGUCCAGGACCAGCUGGAUGAYGAAACGCUAUUUCCUUCUAAAAUAGGCGUACCAUUCCCAAAGAAUUUCAUGUCAGUGGCCAAGACAAUUCUCAAGCGUCUGUUCAGAGUUUACGCUCACAUCUACCACCAGCACUUUGACCCGGUGAUCCAGCUGCAGGAAGAGGCACACCUUAAUACUUCUUUCAAGCACUUUAUAUUUUUUGUUCAGGAAUUCAACCUUAUUGAUAGAAGAGAACUUGCACCACUUCAAGAACUGAUUGAAAAACUCACCUCGAAGGACAGAUAAAAGGAAGAGGACUUCUUGAAAUCACUUGUUUCUUUAAGCAAGCGUGUGGUAUUUGUUUUUUGUUAAAUUGUUAUUUUUUUUUAAACAACCCCCCUGUGCUGUUACCAGUGACAGCUGAAAUCUAAUUUCUGUGCUUUUAUUAGGGGAAAUCUUUUCUCUCUUAGUGACAUGUGGUAAAUAGCUUUUUUUUUUUUUUUUUUUUUUUUUUUUUAUUGUUGUUAUCCAUUGUGGAAUUUCUAGCAGGUGCUGAGUGUUCAUAAAGGAAACGUGCUUGGUUGGGGGAUUGACUGCUGGUGGAUGGGUUCUUGUGUUGUGUCAGUGGUAGCCCAUUCUCAUCAAGUCCCUGGAAGACUUGCUUACAUUCUCUAAGUGCCUUGGCAGACUCACUUCUGAGGUGCAAAGCACAUACAAUACUGAACAUUGCUGGAAACAGAAAAUAUGUACUAACACCCAGACACUUACUGAUACUUGUUUUAAAAAUAUGUAUCUAUGCUUUCACUAAAAAAAAAAAAAAGCCAUAACUUGCUGAAAUCAAUGAUCUCCAGCUUUUAAUACAAAUACUUGUCUUAUUUUUUUAAGAUGAAUAUAGAAUUUUUCAAAACUAGAUUAUUUCUUACAAAGAAAAGCGAAGUUCUCAUCGCUAAAGCRAAACAGCAAAGGUGGUGUCAAAACUACACAAACCUUGUGCUUAGCAAUUAGUUCCAUGUCUGCUGCCAUGGGAUUUUGCAUAGUUGCUUUUAUUUUCUUAGCAGGAAAGCAUCAGUUGGGUCAGUCAGCUUGUUAAGUUCCCCUAGCAGUUGCCAAAUGAACAGUUAGUUUGCACAAAUACAGUUAGGGAAAAUAUUCCCUAGAAAAAAUUGCACUGGGAUAAUAGUAAUAAUAAUAAUAGUAAGGAAAACCUGGCUUGAAAAAUAACGAGUGGAAAGGUGUUUUUAAGUUAGGAAUGCAAAGCCUGGCUCCGAGGAGGAGCUCUGGUGGCCAGUGUUGGCUGUUUGAGUGAAGAUAAUUUCAUGGACUGCUCUGGAGUUGUGUUAUUAUGAUGAUGUUGUUCCUCUUUUAAAAUCACUGCUCAUCUCAAGGAACUCCAGCUGYUGGGAAAUGCAACAGGAGCAGAUGAAGCCAGGGUGAGCACAYGACAGAGAAGUUGGGCUUCUAUUCUGUGUGCCUUGGCUUGGCCAAAACCCUGAGUAAUGAGGGAAGUGCCAUGCAGGAGCAAAAGAGGUGAGUGAGCUGGURACAUCUGAGAAAUGAUUUGUGGGAGCUGUGGGUUCAGGUGAGGGAUCCUCAUCUCCUGGCUUUCCCUGUGCCACCUGAGAGUGCAAAAGCCACCCAUCUCCCAAAUUCCAACUGCACAGUUUAGACACAGAGUGAGCAAGGCAGGAGCUCCGAGGUGCUSAACAGGUGAUAGCCCCCAUGGAAUUGCAGGAUGACUCUUUGGUKUGGUGGUGUGUACCAGCAAGAAGUAAAAAAGAUAAAUGUGUACAAGUGAGGAUGUGCUUGGAGAUAGCAGUGCAGUGGUUCACGUUGCUGGCACUGUUCUGCCCUGGGAGGGCUUUGUUCUCUGCUUGUUGCAGGUUUUUUCUUUUUAAUAGCCAUUUCUAGAAAUCCAGAGGCAUCUGCUGCAGUUCAGCCAAUGAGAAUUGGAAUGUGUUGAGUAUAAAAAAGAGUCCUAGGUGGAUAGGGUAUUUUUUUAAUUCAAUAUCUAGCAGUAGAAAGUCUUUGACCGAAUAGUUUCUAGGCACGUAAUAAAAGCUUGGAGAUCAUGAUUUGCCUGACAGUUGUAUGAACACAUUGUUUAAUUACACAACACUUGAAAAUAACAUCAUUGAGGACGUGUUUGCAGUGGUGGGGACUUGGGAUCCCCGUGCUGUUUCUUUUUGCAGCUUUUCAUUGUUGUUUUUCCUUCUGAAAGCUGUGGGACCAGAAGCUGACAUGUGUUUACACUCUGGAAGUAAGGGCACAUGAAAUGCCACUCAAAAGUCGCCACAAAUGGAAUCUGGGUUGAGUGAAUGUGUUGAUAAAAUAGUGCAUUAAUGGGAGGGAAAGCAGGGGACACCCCCUGGCCCCCCAAAUAAACCCCAGAGAAGCAAACCCUGCGCUGCUCCAGGACUUUGAGGGGUGACAAGUGCUCGGAGACAAAACCUUCCAGCUUUGGUGAUGGGGAGCAGAAUGUGCCAGUGGGGUUAAACCAGGCUGUGCUUCCAGUGCUGCCUCAGCCUUCCAGUCUGACAGGGCCCUGAAUUGUAGGAUCUUGGCAGGGAUUUGGGUGGCAGCUUGAGGAGGGCACCUCCCUUGAGCUGGGCUGGGCAGAGGGCUGAGUGCUGGAGCUCAGGGGGAUGGAUGGAUGGUGUGGGAUGUGCUGUCCAAGUGUUUCCAGUCAGGGAUCCAAGUUAUGCAAAGAGAAAACCCCGAAAGCAGUGCUGGUGGUGGUGCUGGUGCAGGUGGCUGAGGGGAGCACACAGGUUCCGAGGGCAGCAGCCCAUCUGCAAGUAUCCAGUUUCUUCUCCUGCUUACUAUGCAAUGUAGAGCUUUGAACUUGUGCUUUUCCUUGGAGAUAGAGGAGCACUGUCCUUCCUCAGUCCUUAGGAACUGCCCCCUCUGGCAGUGUCCCUCAGUUAACAGGUAAGGACACCUAUUGCUGCUAUGGACUCGACUUCACCUUUCACAUUCUUCCUUGCUGUUUCUUGCCCCCACUUCUUUUCUUCUGGGUCACCAGACUUAAUUUUACUAUAAACACAUCCUUUUUGGAUAGUUGUUUUAUUCCUUGCUGCUCUCUCCUCCCUUCCUACCUGCCAGAGUGCUGUUACUGUACAUAACCCCCCUUUUAGUUGGAUUAUUUAAGGAGCUGCAGCACGAAAAGAGAUUGCUUUUUUCCCCGUUAAAUUUUUCCUUUGAAUCUCGUUUCCUUCACUGCUGGUAGCGAUUGUCUCUUUUGCAAUCCCUCACUCCUAAAACCACUGGCAGUUUCAUGGAUGCCCAUCGUCUUUCCCUGGUCUUCUCUUUUAACAUGAGACUAACAUUGGUGAUUUUCAGUGUUAAACCUUGUUAUUUUCCCCGCUUUCCUUAUGGUUUCCUAUUGCCAGGUUCAGUUUGCAGCCUAGGGAAAUAUCCAAUUACCUUAUUUUGUUGGAGGAACCGAAUUCCCCAAAUUGUUCAUAGAAUAUUGUAUUUUUAGGGGAGAUUAAUUUUUUAUAGCCACUAAACUAUACUCAUUAUUUUUGUACGUUUGCAACUUGGGGACAUUUUUCGGAGCCGUGUCGCAGAGGGAACACUUAUUUUCAUGGCUGUUUGACUGCUUGGGAAUGCUGUGGUUGUGUGGUGUAGAGGCACAUGCCUUGAUGUGCCCUCAGAGAGGGAGAAGGAUCCAAUAAAAAUGAACGAGGUGUCAAUAAAAAUGAAUGAGAUUUCAGUAAAAGGCUGUUUUUGAAGGGAAAAAAAAAUACCAAAAGCGACACUAACCUUUCCUCCUCCUUUAGAACCCUGAAAUAUAUGGGAGAAAACACAGUGUAAAGUAUAAAAUGCAAGGAGAGAACCCUUACUGUGAGCUAACUGUGCCAAUGCYGCUUCAGUUUGUAGUCACUGAUGGAGAUUUCAGUUUUAAACAAAAACAGCUUUUGAUUCAAACAGAAUAAGUUGAAUGUCUGAAAAUCCGCACCGUGUUUAUUUGAGAGUUGUAAAUAAUGUAUACAGAUGGUUGUAUGUGAUGGGACAGAAUAUUUAAAUCCUAGGGUUUUUUUUGUUUUUUUUUUUCAAUAAGAAACUGAAAGCUGUUUAUGAGAGAAAAUAAAUAGCUAUGUUUGACCAUGA